UGCGCAUGCGCGGUCCUGCCGCUCCCUCCCGGUUUCUUCUGCGCUGGACUACUUAGUCCCCUUUUCAUAAAGACACAAAAUCAACAUAAAAAAAACCAUAUCUCUCUGACACAUGCAGCAUGGCGGCUAUAUUUGGGAAGAUUCUCAUCGGCAUCUACGUGGAAAUCAAAAGAAGCGACGGACGAAUACAUCAGGCCAUGGUCACGUCGCUCAAUGAAGACAACGAAAGCAUCACUGUUGAAUGGAUUGAAAACGGGGACACCAAAGGCAAAGAGAUUGACCUAGAAAGCAUUUUUGCACUAAAUCCAGACCUCGCACCCGAUGAAGAGAUCCCUCAGAGUCCAGAGACUCCGCCUCCUCCUGUUUCAACCUCUGUUAAAGUCAACAAGAUCCCCACAAAUAAGAAUCGCCGCACGGUAGCACCGCUUAAGAAUGAAACACCUGCGAGAGAUAACCGAGUCAUAGGUACUACGAGAGCGCGGCCCAGCCAGCAGAUGGAACAAGCACCUAGUGCUCCAGCUCCACCUCCCAUCCAGCACCAGACACUGCAGCAGCAGCAGAACGCUCGCAGGAAGUCGAACUGUGUGAAGGAGGUGGAGAAACUGCAGGAGAAGAGGGAGAGGAGGCGCUUGCAGCAGCAGGAGCUCAGGGAGAAGAGAGCACAGGAAAUAGAUGCAUCAACCCCUAAUUAUGAAAUUAUGUGCAUGAUCCGGGACUUCAGAGCAAGUCUGGACUACAGGCCACUGACUACUGCUGAUCUGAUCGAAGAGCACAGGAUAUGUGUGUGUGUCAGGGCACGGCCACUGAACAAAAAAGAGAUGAGCUUGAAGGACUUGGAUGUCAUCACCAUCCCCAGUAAAGAUGUUGUCAUGGUCCACGAACCCAAACAAAAAGUGGACUUAACGAGAUACCUCGAGAACCAGACCUUUCGCUUCGAUUACGCCUUCGAUGACACUGCCACAAAUGAAAUGGUUUACAGGUUUACUGCCCGGCCGCUUGUAGAGACCAUAUUUGAGAGAGGGAUGGCUACGUGCUUUGCGUACGGACAAACGGGAAGCGGUAAAACUCACACGAUGGGCGGGGAUUUUUCUGGGAAAAAUCAGGAUUGCUCUAAAGGGAUCUACGCUCUGGCAGCACGGGAUGUUUUUCUCAUGCUAAAAAAGCCAAACUACAAGAAGCUGGACCUCCAAGUUUAUGCCACCUUCUUUGAAAUUUACAGUGGAAAGGUGUUUGACCUGCUGAACAGGAAGGCGAAGCUGCGAGUUCUGGAGGAUGGCAAGCAGCAGGUACAGGUUGUAGGACUGCAGGAACGAGAGGUUCACUGCACCGAGGACGUCCUCAAACUCAUAGAAGUGGGCAACAGCUGCAGGACAUCUGGACAGACCUCAGCCAAUGCACACUCCUCUCGUAGCCAUGCAGUUUUCCAGAUAAUUCUGCGAAGGAGAGGCAAAAUGCACGGAAAAUUCUCCCUCAUAGACUUGGCAGGCAACGAGCGAGGGGCGGACACGUCCAGCGCCGACCGCCAGACUCGCCUUGAAGGGGCAGAGAUCAAUAAAAGUUUACUUGCUCUGAAGGAGUGCAUCAGGGCCUUGGGUCGCAACAAGCCUCACACUCCGUUCCGAGCCAGUAAACUCACGCAGGUUCUCCGAGACUCCUUUAUUGGCGAGAACUCCCGAACAUGCAUGAUUGCCACCAUCUCUCCUGGCAUGGCUUCUUGUGAAAACACAUUGAAUACGCUGAGAUACGCCAACAGAGUGAAGGAGUUUGGGAUAAGCCCCUCAGACAUCCCCUUCUCUCAGGGGGGAGGCGGACGCUCUGAACUCUCUCCUACCUACGAGUACGAUGACUUUGCUUCCUCACCCAGCAGGGUAAAGGAGCUUACUGUCGACCCGGGUGCAGUGAUGGAAGGCAGAACAGGAGGCCAUCAAGUGAGCCAGCUGGACGUGUUAGAGCCGCAAUGGGGAGUGGGCAGCUCUCCUCAGAGAGAUGAUCUGAAACUGCUGUGUGAACAGAAUGAGGAAGAGGUCUCUCCUCAGCUUUUCACCUUCCACGAGGCCGUGUCUCAGCUGGUGGAGAUGGAGGAGCAGGUUCUGGAGGACCACAGAGCUGUGUUUCAGGAGUCUAUACGUUGGCUGGAAGAUGAGAAAGUCCUUAUAGAGAUGACGGAGGAAGUGGACUAUGAUGUGGACAUGUAUGCAACACAGCUUGAGCAAAUUUUGGAUCAAAAGAUUGAAAUCUUAACCGAGCUCAGAGAUAAAGUGAAGGCAUUCAGGUCUACUCUUCAGGAGGAGGAGCAAGCCAGUAAGCAGAUCAACCCCAAGCGGCCACGAGCCCUCUAACCCUCAGAGCACAAAAACCACAGAUCUGGCAGCUGAAAGAGGAAAUUGCAGAGCUCCAGGUUUUCAGCAUUUCACCUUCAUCUUUGUGUACAUGAGGAACUUUCCACUUACUGUACGAAUACCCUUUCGCUUCAAAGAGAGUUAAGAAGCACACUUUUAAGCCGAAUUGUAUAGUAUUAAAAUGAAUUCCAGUUCUAACUAAAAUGACUUUUAUAAUACCAUACAAUUUAAAGGCCACAACAGGAUGUAAAAGAGAUGGUGGGGAAAAAAAAAAAAAAGAUUUUAAAUAAUUGCAUGCACACAGUGGCUCUGGUCAUACAUUAACAUUACAUCCGCACUUGUCUGCGUAUAAACUAUAUUUUCACUCGAUAUGGCUGCUUUUAAAACAUCUACUGACUCCUCAGUGUAUGUGGAAGAAAAGAGCAAAGUUAAAAAGAGAACAAACUGCAGAAUAUUAAACAUCACAUUGUCCAUCAUCGGAUGUAUGUGGUUGAGUGAACCAUCACUGUACUGCAGAUUUUUCAAAGGGAAAUAUUAGAUGAGUUCCUAUACGUUUUUAUACAUAUAUUAAAUUUAAAUGUACGUUUAAUGUUUUGUUUUUUGUUUUUUUUUAAGAAACAGGAUAGGUUUGCACACCGUCUGAACACUCGGCUAAGGAAAAUGAGGUGAACUGCGAGUAGAAACUGCCGUAUGAUUUGUCACGCAUCUCGUUAGUAACCUGUCAAAUCCUGCUGGCCUUCCAUCUCAUCCUCAAGCUUGAAGAAUAAGAAGAAAGAUCCUGAGUGUUAAACAAUACAUCAGAAUUCAUAUUACAUGAUCAACACUAGGGAUGCAUUGAUACGGAUGAUUUGGUCUUGGGUCUGAUACUCAUUAAAAAUCUAGACGAUUAAAUGUAUUUUAAAAUGAAUAAUUAAAGCAAAGCAAAAUGCAAUAUGUGUGCUGCUGUAGCAAAAGCACUACAAAGCUCAUUAUGGUGUUUAAACACUGUCUUUAAUAUAGAGUGUAAGGGCUGAUCACUAGCAAUGAGCUUUUCCCCCAUGAGCUAAAAUACAGUUCAUGGCACCUUGCGCUAAUUUUUAAUGCUCACUGAUACGACUAUGCAGUGAGGCAAAACCUCACCCCCAUGAUCAAGAGGCACACUAGCAACUGACGCUAGUGGCUGCAGACUUUAGCCUCCUCGUUAGUGCGCCCGUCUCCCACGCCAGAGACACAGGUUCGAGAGCGGCUGCGAGUAGAACUAGGGGACGUUACAUUGGUGCUGUGACCCAAAUGGGAGUGAGGUUUCAUGGGGUGAGUGUAACGGAGGCCAGCGGUAGGUGCUAUGAAGGUAAAACCCCACUCCCCUGAUCUCAAGAGGCACACUAGUGACUGACGCUACUGGCUGCAGUCUCCUUGUUAGUGCGCCUUCCUCCCACGCCGGAGACAUGGGUUUGAGACCAGCUUGGAGCGGUUGCGAGCAGGACUCCGGGGACGUUACAUUGGUGCCGUGACCCAAAUGGCAGUGAGGUUUAGUGGGGUGAGUGUAACGGAGGCCAGCGGUAGGUGCUGUGCAGGUAAAACCUCAAUAUUAAACACCGUCCACUCUAUUAAACACUGUUCCAUUUUCAGCAUAAAACUGAGCACAAGUUCAUCAUUUCUAGCAACUAAAAUAAUACAUUAAUAAGUACCAUAAAAUAUGUACCGAUGUAUCCCCAAUAAAACAGAAUGGAAGACAUUUCAGAGAAACAUUACAGUAAAAAUCAGAGAACCAUCGUAGCUAUCCAACUGUAUUUAAUCCACAGUACAUACAAUAAUACAGAAUCAAGCACAAGUGGGUGAAAAACACCAUGAGAGGGGCAUCAUCAGGAUUCGAACAGCUCUUCUGUUGAUCCCAUUAAAAGAAACAGACAUUUUUGCUGUAUUCACCCUCUAGUGGUGACUGAUGGUAUCAUGUCUGAGACCCAGUUGAUAGUUAAGUUUGUAAAUAAUGAGUAAAAUUACUUAAAGCACAUAGGAAUACAUUUUUUUUCCAAUAACCACUACUAGGGUUGCAGCUACAUCUGGACAAGUGAUAGAGUUCUGAUACUGCACUCUAGCAGUAAUUAAGUGUAACACUUGCCCAGUAACAAGUCAGAAAAGUUGACGACUUGCUCAUUUGGAAACAGGGUGACUGCAUGUGUGCAAUCUGCAUCACGUCUCACAGAGAAGGCUUUUUUCUUUUCUGUUAACCAUCUAAAUGUGUAUUCCACUCGAAGGCUUUUUUU